AUGGCGGAAGCGGAAGGAGGAGCAAGCGAGCAAGAUGAUGUUUCAUUCCUGCGAACGGAGGACAUGGUCUGUCUCUCGUGCACGGCCACAGGAGAAAGGGUGUGCCUGGCUGCAGAGGGGUUUGGAAACCGGCACUGCUUCUUGGAGAACAUCGCUGAUAAAAAUAUCCCACCAGAUCUAUCACAGUGCGUCUUUGUUAUUGAACAGGCCUUGUCAGUACGAGCUCUCCAGGAAUUAGUCACGGCUGCUGGAUCAGAGACCGGUAAAGGCACAGGUUCCGGUCACAGAACAUUGCUUUACGGCAAUGCUAUCUUGCUACGUCAUCUGAAUAGUGACAUGUACUUGGCGUGUCUUUCCACGUCAUCAUCACAAGACAAGUUGGCGUUUGAUGUCGGUUUACAAGAGCAUUCUCAAGGUGAAGCAUGCUGGUGGACACUGCAUCCUGCCAGCAAACAAAGGUCUGAGGGUGAGAAGGUGCGAGUUGGUGAUGAUCUGAUCUUAGUGUCAGUCGCUACUGAGAGAUAUUUGCAUACAACCAAAGAGAACGAAGUUUCAAUAGUAAACGCCUCAUUCCACGUCACACACUGGUCAGUACAGCCUUAUGGUACUGGAAUUUCCCGUAUGAAGUACGUGGGUUAUGUCUUUGGAGGUGACGUGCUGAGGUUCUUCCAUGGAGGUGAUGAAUGCCUCACGAUACCCAGUACAUGGAGCAAAGAUGGGGGGCUAAAUAUCGUGGUAUAUGAAGGUGGUUCAGUAAUGUCUCAAGCUCGCUCUUUAUGGCGACUGGAGCUGGCGCGUACCAAAUGGGCUGGUGGUUUUAUAAAUUGGUACCACCCCAUGAGGAUAAGACACAUUACCACGGGCCGCUAUUUGGGAGUCAACGAUCAGAACGAGCUGUAUUUGGUUAGCAGAGAGGAAGCUACAACAGCAUCUUGUGCUUUCUGCCUCCGACAAGAGAAGGAUGACCAGAAAGUGGUUUUGGAAGACAAAGACUUAGAGGUCAUCGGGGCUCCCAUCAUCAAGUAUGGAGACUCCACUGUCAUUGUACAGCAUUCUGAAACCGGAUUGUGGUUAUCUUAUAAGUCUUACGAAACGAAGAAAAAGGGAUUAGGUAAAGUAGAAGAGAAACAAGCGAUACUUCACGAGGAAGGAAAGAUGGAUGAUGGUUUGGACUUCUCUCGGUCCCAAGAAGAGGAGUCUAGAACCGCCAGGGUGAUUAGGAAGUGUUCUUCACUCUUCACGAAGUUCAUUAAUGGCCUUGAGACAUUACAAGAGAACAGACGUCACUCUAUGUUCUUCGCGUCUGUGAAUCUUGGAGAAAUGGUCAUGUGUCUUGAGGAUUUGAUUAAUUAUUUCGCACAACCCGAAGAGGAUAUGGAACACGAAGAAAAACAAAAUAGAUUCCGAGCCCUCCGAAACCGCCAAGAUCUAUUCCAAGAGGAAGGAAUAUUGAACCUCAUUUUAGAAGCCAUAGACAAGAUAAACGUGAUUACGUCACAGGGCUUCCUUGCCGGCUUUUUGGCGGGAGACGAAUCGGGACAGAGUUGGGAUAUGAUAUCUGUGUAUUUGUAUCAACUUUUAGCUGCGAUAAUCAAAGGCAACCACACAAACUGUGCCCAAUUCGCGAACUCGAACCGCCUGAACUGGUUAUUCUCUCGUCUGGGCUCGCAGGCAUCUGGAGAGGGAACUGGGAUGCUGGAUGUACUACAUUGUGUGCUUAUUGACUCGCCUGAAGCGUUGAAUAUGAUGCGAGAUGAGCACAUCAAAGUAAUCAUCUCGCUUUUAGAGAAACACGGCCGAGAUCCGAAAGUAUUGGACGUCUUGUGUUCGCUUUGUGUGGGUAAUGGAGUAGCUGUCAGGUCGUCGCAGAAUAACAUCUGUGACUAUUUACUACCAGGGAAGAACUUGCUACUCCAGACUGCUUUAGUUGACCAUGUGUCAAGUGUGCGACCAAAUAUUUUUGUGGGUCGUGUAGAAGGUUCUGCCGUAUAUCAAAAAUGGUAUUUCGAAGUCACCAUGGACCAUAUUGAGAAGACCACACACAUGAUGCCGCAUUUGAGGAUUGGAUGGGCAAAUACAACGGGUUACGUUCCUUACCCCGGCGGCGGUGAAAAGUGGGGUGGUAAUGGGGUCGGGGACGAUCUUUAUUCCUUUGGGUUUGAUGGAGCCUACCUAUGGUCUGGUGGGCGGAAGACUCAAGUCAACAAGACUCAUGCUGAGGAGCCCUUUAUCAGGAAAGGUGAUGUCAUUGGCUGUGCUUUAGACCUCACAGUCCCGAUCAUCAACUUCAUGUUCAACGGAGUGAGGGUCACGGGUUCCUUCACGAAUUUCAACCUGGAAGGAAUGUUCUUCCCUGUCAUGAGUUGUUCUAGCAAGUUGAGUUGCCGUUUUCUCAUGGGAGGCGAACACGGUAGGCUAAGGUACGCGGCGCCAGAAGGAUACUCCCCAUUGGUAGAAUCUCUCUUACCGCAGCAGAUAUUGAACCUGGAGCCAUGCUUCUACUUUGGCAACUUGGCUAAACGCGCUCUGGCUGGUCCGCCCUUGGUACAGGAUGACACUGCCUUUGUGCCUACACCUGUUGAUACUGCCUCUAUUACACUGUCGUCAUAUAUCGAACAAAUUCGGGACAAACUUGCUGAAAAUAUACACGAAAUGUGGGCCAUGAAUAAGAUUGAAGCAGGUUGGAUGUACGGAGACCAAAGAGAUGAUUUGCAUAAAGUACAUCCUUGCCUGGUCCCCUUCGAGCGUCUUCCGGCUGCUGAAAAGCGAUACGAUAUCCAAUUAGCAGUUCAAACUCUUAAGACUAUAUUGGCCCUGGGUUACUAUAUAAGUUUGGAUAAACCACCGGCUCGUAUCCGUAACGUCAGAUUGCCCAACGAACCAUUUAUGCAGUCGAACGGCUAUAAGCCAGCUCCAUUGGACCUAAGCGCGGUGACCCUUACUCCUAAGAUGGACGAAUUAGUGGACCAAUUAGCUGAGAACACUCACAAUUUAUGGGCGAGGGAGCGGAUACAACAAGGGUGGACUUAUGGCCUUAAUGAGGAUCCCGAUAUGAAUCGUUCACCCCAUUUAGUGCCGUAUCCAAAAGUUGACGACGCAAUUAAAAAAGCUAACAGAGACACCGCGUCGGAGACCGUAAGGACUCUACUAGUCUAUGGAUACAACUUGGAUCCACCCACGGGAGAACAACACGAAGCAUUACUUGCUGAAGCUUCAAGACAAAAGCAAGCAGAAUUUAGAACAUACAGAGCCGAGAAGAAUUACGCUGUUAGUUCUGGCAAAUGGUACUUUGAAUUCGAAAUACUAACUGCUGGACCUAUGAGGGUUGGCUGGGCCCAUGCUGAUAUGCCUCCAGGUAUGAUGUUGGGGCAAGACGAAAAUUCCUGGGCAUUCGACGGAUAUAAUGAGGAAAAAGUGUAUUCCGGUAGCUUGGAGUCGUUUGGGAAGCAAUGGGCGGUCGGUGAUGUUGUAGGCGUCUUCCUAGAUCUCAUAGACAAGACGAUAAGUUUUUCGCUAAAUGGUGAAUUGUUGAUGGACGCACUUGGUGGUGAGACUACAUUUGCGGAUGUCCAAGGAGAUAACUUCGUGCCAGCCUGUACCCUUGGAGUCGGUCAAAAAGCUAGGUUAUCAUAUGGUCAAGAUGUGAACUCACUAAAGUACUUCACAACCUGUGGUCUCCAAGAGGGUUACGAACCUUUCUGUGUCAACAUGAACCGUGAUGUAACACAUUGGUAUACAAAAGAUCAGCCGAUAUUUGAGAACACAGAUGAAAUGAUCGACACGAGGAUUGAUGUUACCAGGAUUCCAGCUGGCUCUGACACGCCGCCAUGCUUAAAAAUAUCGCACAACACAUUUGAGACGAUGGAAAAGGCGAAUUGGGAGUUCCUCAGGCUGUCGCUACCUGUUAUAUGCCAUGCUGAGUUUAUUGAUGAAUCGGAAAAAGCUCGCCGCUGGGUGGAGAUCAAGGAUCGUCAACAGAUUCUGAUGAAGGAAGCGGUUGAAGCUCAAAUGCCGGCGCAUAUCGACCAAAUAAUGAGAAGUGGCUUCACCAUGAACGAUAUUAAAGGUCUCCACUACGAUGAGAAUCAAGAAGACGUAAAAAUCAAGAGGCAGCCCUCACGUCCACCCCGCAAAGGGUCUAUCACACGCAACGUCACAAUACAGAAUUACAAUUUACAACCAGGUCAAAAUGGAAUGAACCGGUCGACAAGUGAAGCGGAAAUGUCAAAAUAUGAACUCGGGGUACAAAAUCUGCCUGAAGAUACCAAGAAAGAUAAGAGAGGAAGGUCGCCAUUCAAGUUCUUUAGAAGUAAAAGAGGAGAGAGUGGGGAUAGGGGUAAAUCGAGGAAGUCGAAAACCCCUGAUCCCUACACAGAUACGGAGGUGUCCCCAGAUAGGGCUCGGCGACCCAAUCCACAAAUCAGAGUAUCACAGGCCAAUCAGAGGUAUAACAUUCAAAAUAGAAAUAAUGGGGCCAAUAUGUACGACAGUCAAGGCGCUUUAAACACAAACUUGACAGUGCCGACACCAACGCAGGAUCGUAAGCAAAUGACAACCGCUACACUCGACAAGUCUGCGACAGAAACGAUCGGGAAUGAAAUAUUUGAUGCUGACUGUUUGAAACUUAUCAAUGAAUACUUUUACGGCGUCAGAAUUUUCCCCGGUCAGGAUCCCACUCAUGUGUACAUAGGAUGGGUGACCACUCAGUACCAUUUGCACUCCAAGGACUUUAAUCAGAAUAAAGUCACCAAGUCUUCAGUUAUCAUCACAGACGAUUAUGAUAGGGUGAUUGAGAGUGUAAACCGCCAGUCGUGUUAUAUGGUGCGAGCUGAUGAAUUGUACAAUGAAGUGAUGGCGGAAGCAACAGCAAAAGGAGCUUCCCAGGGAAUGUUCAUUGGUUGUUCUGUUGAUACGUCGACUGGUACUGUAUCCUUUACAUGUGAGGGAAAGGAUACCAGCAUUAAGUUUAAGAUGGAACCAGAAACAAAACUCUUCCCGGCGAUAUUCGUUGAGGCCACAUCGAAGGAAAUCCUGCAAAUAGAGCUGGGUCGGUCCUCUACCAGUCUUCCACUUAGUGCUGCAGUGCUGCCAACUAGCGACAAACACGUGAACCCACAAUUCCCACCGAGGCUUAAAGUGCAGUGCUUGAAACCGCAUCAAUGGGCUAGAGUACCGAACCAAUUCCUUCAAGUUCACGCUCUGAAGUUGUCCGACAUUCGUGGUUGGUCCAUGCUCUGUGAAGACGCUGUAUCCAUGUUGGCUUUGCAUAUUCCAGAGGAGGACCGAUGCAUAGACAUCUUAGAGUUGAUAGAGAUGGACAAACUUCUAAGCUUCCACGCCCACACUCUCACAUUAUACGCCGCUCUCUGUUACCAAAGCAAUUACAGGGCUGCACACGCUUUGUGUCAACACGUCGAUCAGAAACAACUGCUAUACGCGAUCCGAUCUCAGUACAUGUCGGGACCUCUACGGCAAGGUUUCUACGAUUUGCUCAUCGCCUUACAUUUGGAGUCUCAUGCCACUACUAUGGAAGCGUGUAAGAACGAAUUUGUGAUACCUUUGGGACCAGAACUGAAGUCGUUGUACGAGGAUCGGGAGAUGUGUCACAGCCUUCGAUCUUUGCAGACUGAGAGUGUUCGGCCCCAUAUGAACAUGACUAAUAUUGCAGAAAACAUAUCGGACAUAAGCAACCUCUACUCCCCCUAUUUCCCCCUCGAAGUGGUCCGGGAAUUCGUCAUGCAGGCUUUGGCAGAAGCCGUGGAGACCAACCAAGUACACAACAGAGAUCCUACUGGCGGAAGCAAUGAGAAUCUUUUCUUGCCCUUAAUAAAGCUGGUGGAUCGCUUACUUCUAGUGGGAAUGAUGAGAGAUGAAGAUGUUGAGAAACUUCUCAUAAUGAUCAACCCUGAGACUUGGGAUCCGACGUUUGAUAAAGAGGGCAAAGAUGAGCACAGAAAGGGCCUUCUCCACAUGAAAAUGGCGGAAGGUGCAAAACUCCAAAUGUGCUACUUACUUCAACAUCUCAACGACAUUCAGUUAAGACACAGAGUCGAGUCAAUUAUUGCGUUUGCGCAUGAUUUUGUUGGGGAACUUCAAACUGAUCAGUUGAGACGUUACACAGAAAUCAAACAGUCAGAUCUGCCCAGUGCGGUUGCUGCUAAGAAGACGAGAGAAUUCCGUUGUCCGCCGAGAGAACAGAUGAAUGCUAUACUAAGUUUCAAGCACUUAGAAGAUGAAGAUCCGGAAAACUGUCCAUGUGGUGAAGAGCUCAUCGCGAGAAUGAAUGAGUUCCACGAUGCUCUCAUGUCACACGUGUCUUUGAGUGCUUUGCAGGAACCAGAUGGUGAUGCCCUCGAAGAAGAAAAGAAGAAGACUCCAGAAGAGAAGUUCCGUAAAGUUUUGAUUCAGACAAUCGUCAACUGGGCUGAGGAGUCGCAAAUCGAAACGCCCAAACUCGUUAGGGAAAUGUUCAGUCUUCUGGUCCGUCAAUACGAUGCGGUGGGAGAACUAAUCCGUGCGCUUGAGAAAACAUAUGUAAUCAAUGCGAAAACCAAACUAGACGUAGCAGAAAUGUGGGUCGGACUGAGUCAGAUCAGAGCCUUAUUGCCCGUUCAAAUGAGUCAGGAGGAAGAGGAACUUAUGAGAAAGAGAUUGUGGAAACUCGUCAACAAUCACACUUUCUUCCAACAUCCGGAUUUAAUCAGAGUGUUACGUGUACACGAGAACGUGAUGGCCGUAAUGAUGAACACGCUAGGCCGACGUGCGCAGGCGCAAUCUGACGCCCCUGCCACUUCACCGCCAACUCCUGAGGAUAAGGAAAAGGACACUUCGCACGAAAUGGUGGUGGCAUGCUGUCGUUUCCUCUGCUACUUCUGUCGCACGGGCAGACAGAACCAGAAAGCCAUGUUCGACCAUUUCGACUUCCUUCUCGAGAACUCCAACAUUCUGCUCGCUAGGCCAUCUUUAAGAGGAUCCACUCCGCUAGAUGUCGCGUACUCGAGUCUCAUGGAGAAUACUGAGCUGGCUCUCGCUUUGAGAGAACACUAUUUGGAGAAGAUAGCGGUGUACUUGUCUCGUUGUGGUCUUCAAAGUAACUCUGAACUGAUAGAGAAAGGUUACCCAGACUUGGGUUGGGAUCCAGUGGAGGGAGAACGUUAUCUGGAUUUCCUAAGAUUCUGUGUUUGGGUCAACGGUGAAAGCGUAGAAGAAAAUGCAAAUCUUGUUAUCCGUCUUCUCAUCAGAAGACCGGAAUGUCUGGGUCCAGCGUUGAGGGGUGAAGGCGAAGGUCUAUUAAAGGCUAUAGUAGACGCUAAUAAGAUGAGUGAAAGGAUCGCAGAUAGAAGGAAAUUAAGGGAUUUAGAGCAGGAGGGAGAUAUCAGUUUCAGCCACCCGUUACCCGAGUCAGACGACGAUGAAGAUUACAUAGAUACAGGCGCCGCCAUUUUGAACUUCUACUGUACUCUUGUGGACUUGUUGGGACGCUGUGCACCCGAUGCAGGUGUUAUCGCACUGGGUAAAAACGAAUCCCUUCGUGCCCGAGCCAUCUUAAGGUCCCUGGUCCCAUUGGAGGACCUCCAAGGCGUACUCAGUUUGAGAUUCACUCUCAACAACCCGGCUGCUGGCGAAGAGAGGCCUAAAUCUGACAUGCCAUCCGGCUUAAUACCAGGACAUAAGCAGAGUGUAGGACUUUUCCUGGAACGAGUAUAUGGAAUUGAAACGCAGGAGUUAUUCUAUCGACUCCUGGAAGAGGCCUUCCUUCCUGAUCUUAGAGCUGCUACUAUGUUAGACAGGAACGACGGAUGCGAGUCAGACAUGGCCUUAUCAAUGAACAGAUACAUCGGCAACUCCAUACUCCCGUUGCUUAUCAAACAUGCUAACUUCUACAACGAGGCUGAAAACUACGCUAGUUUGCUUGAUGCUACGCUUCAUACUGUGUAUAGAUUAUCAAAGAACCGUAUGCUGACAAAGGGUCAGCGUGAGGCCGUGUCAGACUUUUUAGUUGCUCUGACAUCCGCCAUGCAGCCUUCCAUGUUACUCAAGCUUUUGAGAAAACUUACAGUUGACGUCUCCCGAUUGUCUGAAUAUACUACUGUGGCUUUAAGGCUUUUAACAUUGCACUACGAGCGAUGUGCAAAGUACUAUGGCAGUACCAGCGGUCAAGGCUCCUACGGAUCCUCGUCUGAUGAAGAAAAGAGACUCACAAUGAUGCUCUUCUCGAACAUCUUCGACUCUCUCAGCAAGAUGGACUACGAGCCAGAGUUGUUUGGAAAAGCUCUUCCUUGCUUAAUUGCUAUUGGUUGCGCUCUUCCUCCUGACUAUUCACUCUCAAAGAACUAUGAUGACGAGUUCUAUGGCAAGGAUACUCAGGCUGCAGGCGCAGACAAUCCACAGUACGACCCUCAGCCCAUCAAUACCUCAUCGGUGGCUCUCAAUAACGACCUUAACACAAUCGUUCAGAAGUUCUCCGAACAUUAUCAUGAUGCUUGGGCGUCAAGAAAAAUCGAAAAUGGUUGGGUCUACGGUGAAAACUGGUCUGAUAGCCAAAAGACGCACCCACGCUUGAAACCCUACAACAUGCUCAAUGACUAUGAGAAAGAACGUUACAAGGAGCCCGUUCGUGAAUCCCUCAAGGCUCUUCUUGCUAUUGGCUGGUCUGUAGAACAUUCGGAAGUGGAUAUACCCAGCAACAAUAGGAGUUCCAUGAGACGACAGUCUAAGAGUGGCAUUGACUCAGCAACGCCCUUCAACUACAACCCACAUCCAGUGGAUAUGACCAAUCUGACUCUGUCAAGGGAGAUGCAGAACAUGGCUGAGAGGUUAGCUGAUAACGCGCACGAUAUCUGGGCGAAGAAGAAGAAAGAAGAACUUGUUACCAAUGGAGGUGGUAUCCAUCCGCAACUAGUUCCUUACGAUCUCUUAACCGACAAGGAGAAGAAAAAAGACCGCGAAAGGUCCCAAGAAUUCCUCAAAUACCUUCAAUACCAGGGUUACAAACUACACAGACCCAGCAAAGCUUCCCAAAUUGACACGGAACAGACCACUACGGGUGUCGCAAUAGAGCUCAGAUUCGCGUAUUCCUUGUUAGAGAAACUGAUCCAGUAUAUCGACCGCGCGACAAUUAAUAUGAAGCUUCUAAAACCGUCUACUACUUUCAGUAGACGAUCCAGCUUUAAGACAAGCACGAGGGAUAUUAAGUUCUUCUCUAAGGUUGUACUACCUUUGAUGGAGAAGUACUUCUCAACACAUCGUAACUACUUCAUAGCAGUUGCCACAGCGACUAACAAUGUUGGUGCAGCGAGUUUGAAAGAGAAGGAAAUGGUGGCUGCUUUAUUCUGUAAAUUGGCCAGUCUAUUACGAUCUAGGUUAGCAGCGUUCGGCCCGGACGUACGUAUAACCGUCCGUUGUCUACAAGUCCUUGUGAAGGGCAUUGAUGCUAAAUCCUUGGUGAAGAACUGUCCGGAAUUCAUCAGGACCUCCAUGUUGACAUUUUUCAAUAAUCUCGCUGACGAUUUGGGGCAUACUAUAUUCAAUUUACAAGAGGGUAAAUAUGCACAUCUCCGAGGUACCCACCUUAAGACAUCGACAUCUUUGGGCUACAUCAAUGGAGUGAUGCUACCAAUAUUGACAGCGAUGUUCGAUCAUCUAGCUAACUGCGAAUAUGGAGCGGAUUUGUUGCGUAAGUCAUCAACAAAUUACAAACAAAGGUUUAAAAAGUAUCUGUGGUCUUGA